CGAUUGCAGAGCAGUGUGUCAGCCCCGUCAGUGGAAUUCAGUUAACUUUAACCCUCAUCUACAGCUGGGCUGCUACUGUCAGACCGGGUUGGAGGACGAUCAACUGGGACCACUGCUGCUGCCGCUGCUGGUGUGUUUUGUGUGGCGUGGACUUUCUCACGUUGCGGUGGGCAAACGCACACACACACACGCGCGUGCACACGUUCACACAGAGGAGCUUGCAUACCCGGUACUCCUCCUCCCACCGCUCCCACUGGCCCUUGCACACUCACCCUUGGAGGGAGAGGCAGAGCGCUGGUGGAGGACCCCCGUCGGGUGGACUGUGCUGAAGAGCAGAAGCGGAGCGGGAGCAACACACUCCACCAUGCCGGUGCAGGGAGGAAGGCUGAAGCGAUGCCUCGCUCUCAGCCUCUGCGGCCGGAGUCCUCUGCUGUUGCUCGUGCUGUUGUGUCUUCACACUCAAGCACGGGGCAAUAUAUUGGACAGUAUGCUACUAAGAGCAUCCAGUAAGGAGUCAAGGGAGAGUGGGAAGGAGACCAGUGGCAGCACAGCUCCAUCAUUGUCCCUCCAACGGCUACUGUGGUGUCACUGUUAUCACCACUGCCCCGAAGAUUCAACCAACAACACGUGCAGGACUGAUGGCUAUUGUUUCACGAUGGUGGAGGACGAGGGAGGAGUGCCGGUCCUAACGGCGGGAUGCCUCGGCCUCCGGGGAUCAGAAUUUCAGUGUAGGGAGAGGGGAAACUCUCAACGCAGAUCACUGGAGUGCUGUACAGACGAGGAUUACUGUAACAAAAACCUGCAUCCCAUACUGCCGCCACUCAAACCACCUCUCUAUGUAGAUGGAAACAUCCACAACGAAGCCAUGACAAUCUCAGUCAUUGUGUGCAGCGUUAUCCUGGUUUUCAUUAUUGUCUUCUGCUACUUCAGGUAUAGACGUCAGGAGUCUCGCGGGCGGUACAGCAUUGGUCUGAAGCAGGAUGAGACCUACAUCCCCCCCGGAGAGUCUCUGAGGGACCUGAUAGAGCAGUCGCAAAGCUCUGGCUCAGGCUCGGGGCUCCCUCUAUUGGUGCAGCGAACAAUAGCCAAGCAGAUCUAUAUGGUGAAGCAGAUCGGCAAGGGGAGGUACGGCGAGGUGUGGAUGGGCAGAUGGAGGGGAGAAAAGGUGGCGGUCAAAGUCUUCACCACCACUGAGGAGGCUAGUUGGUUCAGAGAGACUGAGAUCUACCAGACAGUCCUAAUGAGACAUGAGAACAUACUGGGUUUUAUAGCUGCUGAUAUUAAAGGAACCGGCUCCUGGACCCAACUCUACCUAAUCACGGACUACCAUGAAAACGGCUCCCUGUAUGACUACCUGAAGUCGACUACUCUAGACAACAGAGCCAUGCUGCGACUGGCCUACUCCUCCGUCAGAGGCCUCUGUCACCUCCACAACGGGAUCAUAGGCACUCAGGCCAAACCUUCCAUCGCUCACAGGGACCUGAAGAGUAAGAACAUACUGGUGAAAAGGAACGGGACCUGCUGUAUAGCUGACCUGGGGCUGUCGGUCAAGUUUAUCAGUGACACCAAUGAGGUAGACAUUCCUCACAACACCAGAGUGGGUACAAAGCGCUACAUGCCUCCAGAGGUUCUGGAAGAGACUUUGGACCGAAGUAAAUUAAAGUCGUACCUAAUGGCCGACAUGUACAGCUUUGGGCUCAUUCUCUGGGAGAUUGCUCGUCGUUGUGUUUCAGGAGGGAUUCUUGAAGAGUACCAGUUGCCGUACCACGAGUUAGUUCCUACCGACCCUUCAUAUGAGGACAUGAGGGAGGUGGUCUGCAUCAAGAGACUACGACCCUCCUUUCCAAAUCGAUGGACCAGCGAUGAGUGUUUGAGACAGAUGGGGAAGCUGAUGACAGAAUCCUGGGCCCACAACCCGGCCAACCGCCUCACAGCCCUUCGCCUCAAAAAGACACUCGCCAAGAUGUCAGAAUCGCAAGACAUUAAGCUGUGAGCCGGCACGGCCAGGUGUGUGUUUACACGCGUAGAAAGGGCAUUAGCAAUCACACUGGCUCCCCGCAGGCCACGCAAUCCUUCUUCCUGGGAACAAAAGACGGGUCACGGAGCAAGAUCCCCUGUUUGAAGAUGCCCGGGUGACACACUCUACAAGAUGCCCACAGCCCAAGCCCCGUGAAAAUGUGUGUUUCGGGUUUCCGAUGGUUGUGCAGCCGUAACUAAAAACUAAUCAAAACAAUCUGGCCCCCGUGUGGCCCCGUUGUGUCCAUCAGAGAAGAUGCAACAUUUUCAUUUCAAACUAACUCAAACAUGAUUGAGUUUAAAUUGGCACUGUAGCUGCAGAAACACGCAAACAAGCUACUGAUCAGUGAGUGGAAUACUAUAUCGCUGCUUUCUAUGAAAGCUACCAUGCCUGUAGACGAAGGUCCUAUCCAUAGAACAAAAAGGACGUGCUUUAAAGCGGGUCUGUUUUUGCAGCAUGUCACCUCCCACCAAAACACUGUCAACACACUACUGCCUUUAUGUUCUACACACACGUAUGUCAUUCUCAGAAUGACUUAUUUUACAAUGACUCACACUACUUGGCAGAAGAAAAAAAGAAGUCUACUUCUGAGGCUUUCAAAGUGUUUUUUAUGCUCGUAACAUUUGAAGACACUGAAAACAAUUUUUGAGUUGUGAAAGGAUAUGAAAGUUGAAAAAGCGUUUUUUUUUUAAUGUGAAACUAACCUUAGUGAAAAAUAAAGUUUACAUGUCCAAAUAAAUCCUGAAUUGAGACUCCACGCUCCUGUGUUUCCCUGCCCGGUGUCAGAGGAGGGGGGCUUUUCAGUAAUGAAGCGGUUGAAGCAGAACAAGGCCACCCGUAGGUGCCACAGAGGAAGGACGGGCCAAUGAGAAGCUGAUGCAAACUAACUGCAGUGAUAACUUCUUGCUUGAUUGUGUCGUGAUUUUCUGUAAAUGUGUGGAAUUUUUUGCCGCUGUUAGUUUAAUAGUAUCACAAGUGGGAAUGCUUGGCUCCCAUAAACAAAUCUUGUGGGCUUCAGUCAGCUGGGCCAGAGGUCAUGCACACAACAGUCAUGCACACAAUGUUGUUGAAAAAACCCCACCUAUAAAACCAUCACAAAACUAACCAUUGAAUGAACCUGUGGACACCCAAAGCGGGCUGCCUCGUUUGUCAAAGAACACGUUGAAUUGAAUCACUGUAAUAAACAAUUUGCAGCUGUCAAAUGGUGAUUGACAUUUAAAAAACUUUUUUUAGUCAAAAAAAAAAAUGGAAGGUUGUAUAAGAGUCAAAGGUGUGGCAGACUAAUGGUGCUCUUUCCUCCCUCCUGGGUGUUGUGCCUUAUUUAGUCUGUACCUACUGUGUUUAUCUGUGGGAGAAAGGACUGUUUUUAAUCCGGUAAAAAGGAUGUUUCAAAAAAAAAAGUGUUUCACUCAUUCACGUGGCCGGUUUGUGAUGGCAGAACGAGGUGCACACCAACCAGCUACAUAGCAUGUUCUCCAUAUUGGAUAAAAAAGCAACAUACUUCAUUGCAGUGACACCAGAAAGUCAUUUUGUUAUAGUUUCAGGCUACUUUAUUGAACUACCUAUUUAGUCUGGACCCUGUAAAUAUGAUUAAAAAAAAGGUCUACAAACUGCAUGAUGGCAAUUCCAUUAUCAAUUUCCCUCACUGAUUCCCAAUGGUUCUCUAUUGAUAACUGAUUAAUUGUUGGGUUUACGUUUAAAUGUUCACCCCUCACUCUGAAUAAAAACUCUGUAAAUAAAUUGAAUUGUGACUGUUUUACUGUUUUA